ACACCAAAAAGUACUGUUUGACUGUUGAAACUAGUGCGACAAAUGCACUAAAGGUGAUUCCGAAGUCUGACUUUCAAGAGUACUUCAAUAAGUGGAAACAUCGAUUUGAGCAUCUUGUUCAAUCAAAUGGGGACAAUUUUGAAGGAUUCCACCCGCCGGAUGACGAAGAAUAAAUCAAGCACCAAGAAAUCGAGAUUAUGGAGACGUUUGAAAUUAACCAACUAUGCUUGAUAGCGACUAUUAUUUUUGCUCUUAUUUUAGGAACGAACGCAUUCAGUUACAAAGAGGCUAAAAAUUGGGGCAAACAAUAUCCCCAGUGUUAUGGAAAACAUCAAUCUCCCGUAGUUUAUACCCCAAAUGGCCAAGAGGGUUUUCCAAAUAUUAGUAAAACACUGACACUUACAGACUUCAAAAAAUUACCAAAAAAAUUGAACAUAAAGAAUACUGGCCACACUGUGGAAAUGAAAGCCGAAUGGAAUGGUAAACCUCCAAGCUGUACUGGUGGCCCACUUACUGGAAACUACGUAUUUGAAAAAGCCACUUUCCAUUGGGCCCCAAAAAAGUGGGUUGAGCAGAAGGAUCCUACCGCUCAGGAAGAAGACUCUUUUUUGUACCAGAUAGAUAUGGAAAUGCACGUGUUCUUUUAUAGAAAAGACUUGAAAUCAUUUGAGAAAGCUGAAACACAAAAGGGCGGUCUUGCAGUGUUUAAAAUGGCGUUCCAGAGCGGAUAUCCAAUUCCCAAUCCUUUGUUUAACAGCCUGGAAAACAAAUUACACAAGGUGCAAUCUCCGAAUUCAACAGCAGAGAUCACCCCAUUUCGCUUAUUAGGUGAUUUCGAUGAUUUAUAUACAUCAUUUAUAUUUUACGAAGGUUCAUUAGAUUAUCCACCCUGCUCGGAAUCUGUAACAUGGUUCAUUGUUCAAGGUGGUACCGGUGUCUCCGACAGCCUGCUAAAGGGAUUCAAGAAAAUAAAGUUGGCCAAUGGAGACGUGUCGAAUGUGAGACCUACCCAGCCGCUAAACAAACGUCAAGUUAUGAUAGUGUUCAAUCAUCAUGGGUACAAAUAUAUUGCGUAAUCGGAAAUUGGUAAUUAGCAGCUUUCGGGAAAGCUUUUCUGCAGUUUUCCUUUCCCUUAGCUAAAAGGGAAAUCCAAUGGGAGCGCCUCUAACAAAAAUCCGACUGCAGACGGUGUGG